UAUGGUUUCCUCUAAUGGAAUUUACAAUCUGUUGCAUCCCCUGCCACAUCUUUAAUAACCGAUAGUGUGUCCAUUUGGGAACUUGUUUCAAGCUGAGUGUUGAUGAAUCCAACUCCAUCUGCUUCACAGGUGGGAAUGAUAAACGCGAGGGAGGAUAAUGACUUAUUGUGCAGGACUGUUGUACUCAGUGUCACCGGGGACAAACCCUGUCGGGGGCAGGGAGGAGUGGAGUCGAUGAACCAGCGUGUGUUGGACUGAAGGCGGGGACACAGACAGGUCGUCGGUCCCUCUUGGGGAACACUGUAGUCAUUACUAGAAAAUGUAAUCUCGUUACUCAGUGGCAGACCGAUGCGCACAGCCAUUGGACGCAGCGAGGGUUGGGUUGGCCAGUCGCUCCUCGUUGCGCACACUGGAUAUGGAUCAGGACGCAGCGCGCCUCGCCGCUGUCUUCCGCGGACAGGCUGCACACCGCGGCGCGUAAACGGUGCCCAAAUGAACCACCGUCCUCCCGGCUCCUCCGGCGUGCAAUGGCUUAACAGGAGAGACAUGAGUGUCCGGACGGAGGACAGCAUCACCUUGUGCCAAAGGGCUCUCCAGAUCGUUACGGAACUUUGUCUCACGGGGCACGUCGACCGGGAGAAAUGUUCGGAUAUAUUCCCCCUGGAGAGCAACAUACAAGGUAAAGGAUACGCAGACAUCUCUAUUAGUCUGCUUGCUGUGGUCGUAGGUUUCUGUGGCCUCGCCCUGUUGGUAGUCUCUCUCUUUGUCUUUUGGAAGCUGUGCUGGCCCAUCUGGAGGAGCAAAGCUCUGUCAGCCCACGCUGAAAAUGGUCUCCACGUGGGCUUCCCCGAGGCACCUCCACCCAACUCUCCGCCGAUCACCGACUGCAAAGCGGCAGAGGUGGAGAAGAAGUACCCGCCCGAAGUGACGGUGAGCGGACGGAGCACGGUCAAGCUCCUGGAGGCGGCGAUGAAGAUCAGCCAGACGUCACCGGACAUCCCUGCUGAGGUGCAGACGGCCCUCAGGGAGAAGCUUAGCCAGCAAGCUAAGAUCCAGAGACAGACCACAGAGCCAACCUCCUCCUCCAGGCACAAUUCAUUCCGGCGCCACCUGCCUCGUCAGAUGAAUGUCACCAGCGUUGACUUCAGCAUGGACGCAGUGCCUCUCCGCCAGUCUUCGACAGUCAGCAUUGGAAGAAUAAAACCUGAACUCUACAAGCAGAAGUCUGUGGACUCAGAGGGCGAGGCCAAUGAGCCCGUGGAGACGUGUGGAAAGCUGAGCUUCUCGCUGCGCUACGACUACGAGGAGCAGGCUUUGGUGGUGAGAAUCCUCAAGGCCCUAGACCUGCCUGCCAAGGACUUCACGGGCACCUCUGACCCGUACGUGAAGAUCUACCUGCUGCCAGAGAGGAAGAAGAAGUUCCAGACGCGUGUCCACCGCAAGAAUCUGAACCCCAUGUUCGACGAGACCUUCUGUUUCCCCGUAGUGUACGAUGAGCUUUGCAACCGCAAGCUGCACUUCAGCGUGUACGACUUUGACCGCUUCACCAGCCACGACAUGAUAGGCGAGGUGGUGGUGGACAACCUCUUUGAACUCUCUGAUCUUUCUCGGGAGGCGGUGGUGUGGAAGGAUAUUCAUGCAGCAACUACAGAGAGCGUUGACCUCGGAGAGAUCAUGUACUCGCUGUGCUACCUCCCCACAGCAGGAAGAAUGACCCUAACAGUCAUCAAAUGCAGAAACCUCAAAGCCAUGGACAUCACAGGCUCUUCAGAUCCAUAUGUCAAGGUGUAUCUGAUAUGUGACGGACGGAGGUUGAAGAAGCGAAAAACAACGACCAAGAAAAGCACACUCAAUCCAGUAUACAACGAGGCGAUCAUCUUCGACAUCCCCCCUGAGAACGUUGAACAAGUCAGUCUGUCCAUCAUGGUGAUGGAUUACGAUCGGGUUGGACACAAUGAGGUGAUUGGUGUAUGUCACGCCGGGCCAGAUGCCGAGGGCCUUGGACGGGAUCACUGGAACGAAAUGUUGGCGUAUCCACGGAAGCCCAUCACACACUGGCAUGCGCUGGGAGAGUGGCCUGGAAGAGCAGCAAGCUUUGAGAGUCAAGGCUCGUGUCCUUCACCCAAACCUCCACAGACACCCUGAUGACCACAGGUAGAGUGAUGGCAUCACCUCUGUGAGAGAAAACAGACGCUUGUUAAGAGCUGCUGCAAAGCUGUGUUGCCUAUUGUGAUCAUGUUGUGUGCGAAAACUGAAUCCAUUGCAACAUGUUUCUUGUGUUUGCAAAAACAAGGUUGUGUUGAAAUUGUGUUUAUUCACUCAUUCCAGCUCCAGCUCUUCAAGGGCUCCACAGAGCUGGCUAUGCACAGCACUAACUGUCACUCAAUUCAAGAGUUUGUUUUUCCUACAUCUGCUCUGAAGUUUUUUUUUUUUUUUUUGCAGAACAUUGACACGGACCACAUGAAUAGUACACUUCACUGCAAGAUGUCCUCAGUGACUCACUUCCAGCUGAUCAAUCAUUAUUUCAGGCCCUGGAGUGACUUAGAGUUAAGAGUGGAAUAGCGUUUUACUUUGAAAAGUUAAAGGGCUUCUCUGCUCGGUGCCAUUAAAACAUUUACUUGAUUGAGAAGUAGUCAUUAAAUCCAGCGAGGCCUGAUCUUAUUUUCAGAUAAUUGAGCAUCUAUAACGUUUGGGGUACAUUUCCCAGAAAAUUGAC